AUGGCCAACACAGACGAUCUGAUCGACUUCAACGUUAUCGAAUCCCACAAGGAGAACAUCGAAGCGCUUCCCAGCGGCCGCUCAGCGAAGGCAUUAGCGCAGCUCUACUCACCACCUCUGCUAGGAGCGACCCCUUCGCCGGCUGGCAUACAAGAUACGCAUGCAAAGGAGCGAGCACCGUUUGAGGAAGAGCUGGCCUGUAUAGACGAGGCAGACGAUCCGCUUGAUGUAUAUGACCGCUACGUAAAAUGGACGCUCGACGCAUAUCCGUCUCCCCAAGCGCGACAGACUCAGCUUUUGCCGUUGUUGGAGCGCGCCACCAAGUCAUACCAAUCGUCCUCGCAUUACCGCAACGAUCCGCGAUACCUCAGACUGUGGCUGCACUACAUCUGUCUCUUCUCGGAUGCUCCACGGGAAAUCUUUGUGUAUUUAGCGCGCCAUGGAAUUGGCGAAGGACUGGCGCUGUAUUACGAAGAGUUUGCAGCGUGGCUUGAGAAUGCAGGCCGGUGGAAUCAGGCAGAGGAGAUAUAUAAGAUGGGUAUUGAUAAGGAAGCGAGGCCUGUGGAGCGGCUACUACGCAAGUUUGGUGAGUUCGAGCGGAGAAAGGAAGCAAGACCGCAAGAUGCAGCGGAGCCGACGAGUCCUGCGCUCCCGGCAGUGAGACCAGCUUUAGCAGCGAAAACCGAUCCCUUCGCCACAGCUUCGCCUUCUACAACACAGCAACGGUCAAGAUCUAUAGCGCCGAAGAAGUCGAAAGCAUCAAAAAUGGCAAUCUUCUCCGACCAGAGCGGACCUUCACGACCAGACUCCGGCAACAGCUCCAAAGGCUGGGACAAUAUUGGUUCGAUCGCCGACCGCAAGAAGGAGAACAGUGUCGAGGCUAAGCCUUGGGCGGGCGAAAAGCUGAAAGGGGGCAAGACCAACGGUGGGAUGGAGAAGCUGAUGAUAUUCAAAGACAGCUUUCCCAAGCGUCCCGUUUCACUCCCACAACACAUCAGGCAGUCUUUGUUGGGUAAUAAUAACACCCCGCACCAGUGCGUCCGUAACCCGAAGACCGGUAGGCUGGAGGCUGUUUUUGUAGACCUGGAAGCAGUCUACUGUGAGUCUAGCAAAGGUGCGAAGGAGUACUGCUUCGAGGAGCUGAGCGCGCGACGUCGCGGGUGGUUGACCAAGGAAUGGAGCCGAGAACGAAAGCAGCCGCUCCGAGCAGCACCACUGCAAGGGUUGUCGUUCGACACCGAUCCAGUAGCAACGCCAAACGUAGAGUCAGACGUCGCCCUCCAGGAACCAUUGACGGUCACCGGCACUGAACAUGUUGCCAAGGUGUGUGCAACGAAGCAACGCGGCUUCAAAAUCUUCGAGGAUGCCGGCGAAGAAAGGCCAAGCGACCUGAGACAUAUCGAACCGGCGCAAGAGGAGCCCAAGCUGCGACGCGAAGAACGCGCAAAUCGCACUCGAAAGAUCCAGGUUAUGGACGUCAAGCAUAUCAAGAAUGAGACUCGGACCAUCCAGCUGAACUUGGACUCACCGACGGGUCCAAAGAUUAAGCGGAAGAAAUCCACAGAGCGAGCUGCUGAGCCUACUAUGACCAUCAACACCCGAGAAGCCAUGGAUGAGAUCUACGGCAUCUUCAACCAGCCUUUGCCUUCGCAAGCUGAGCCGGCCGAGACCGAGGAGGAAGACAGCGACGAAGAGUGCACGACUGGUGACGAGAGCACAGCGACCGGCAAGCUUUCAGGUUCUGCGAGUGAAUACGGAGAUGAGACCAGAAACGAACUCCUCAUCCUUCCGAAAUCUGAGCAGACGGGAAAUGUGAGCCAGCUGGACAGCACCGGGUGGUCAGACUUCACACGGAGCAGAGAUGUGCGGCAGGAUGCCGCAAGCGUGUACCAGGACACUUCGCAAUCUGCGGCCGUAGAGGAGGAAGACGAGAUCGUCACGCCACAGGACGAGCACCCACGCACACAGAGCGUGCCUCUAGCCCAUGAGGACCGUGAGACACCUUUCACUCACUACCGCGAUCUGGCCAUGCUUCCGAACCACCGUCUUCCGUUCAUGACACCCAUCGUUGAGCAGACCGAGUCAUCCCUAGGUUCUCGUACUGCGAGGACGGAAAAAGACUACUUCAGCGCUAAGACGCCGAGCCGUAGGUUCGGCGGACCUGCGCCGCUACUAGAGGAUGACGAGGUGUACAGUAGUCCUUUCCAAGAGAUCACGGCUGACCUGGCAGAGGAGAAGCGCAGGGUGUUGCAACCAAUACGGACGAAGACGACGAAGGGCACCAUCUCACUCGGUCAAGGUACAGCAAAAUCACAAUUAGCCGCCAAAACCACGGUGGCAGCAGCGCCGGAACCCGUCCAGAAAGGCCCACUUGUAAAGGAAGCACACUGCAACCCCAUGGACCCGGUGUUGCGGCAUAGCAUACUCGCACAAGCUAAGCCGGCUCUGACCUCGUAUGAAGGCUACCACGAGCAUCUGCAGCAGACUCUAGGUCGUACGGCUGAGAUCAAGAAGUACAUCAAGACUGUCUCCAAGGCCAGCCGAGGCAGCGUGAGCAUUGAUAAGACCGCGCAAACGCUGGCGCUUCCACCCAUGCUGUCUUUCGCAGGUGCAGAAGGCACGUAUACUGUCAAGCGCGAGCUCGGUGCAGGGACCUUCGCGCCAGUGUACCUUGUCGAGAAUAGCGCUGCAGCGCCUACUGAACUUGAAGUGAACGAUGAGAAUCGCCCGCCUUCCCGCGUAGGCAAGCAUACGCACCGCAAACACCUCGAGGCGGUUAAGAUGGAGGACCCGCCUAACGCUUGGGAAUUCUACAUUAUUCGCCAAUCCCACCGCCGACUUGGCAUUACACGUGCAGCAGACAGCAUUGUCCGCGCCCACGAGCUGCAUCUUUACCAUGACGAGUGUUUCCUAGUCGAAGAGUACCGAGAUCAGGGCACGCUCUUGGACCUCGUCAACCUCGCUCGCGUCGACAGCGCCAGCGGAGCCGGCAUGGACGAAAUUAUAGCAAUGUGGCUUACGGUCGAGCUUCUCCGAGCCGUAGAGGCACUGCAUAGCAAACAUCUCAUCCACGGUGAUCUGAAAGGCGACAAUGUGCUCGUCCGCUUCGAUGACCCGGGGCAGGAGGUGGACUGGUCGCCUACUUACUUUCCCUCGGGCGCACACGGCUGGGCCAGCAAAGGCGUUUGUCUUAUAGACUUCGGCCGCGGUAUCGACAUGAAGCAGUUCGUGCCUGAUGUAGCCUUCAUCGCGGAUUGGAAGACGAGCGAAGCGGACUGCGCCGAGAUGCGCGAGAUGCGGCCUUGGACGUAUCAAAUUGAUUACCACGGACUGGCAGGUAUCGUUCACAGCUUGCUGUUCGGGAAGUAUAUGGAGACCAUUGGCGAGAAAGCAGGUACCGUGCUCGGUCAGGGUGCGACGAAGACGUACAAGAUCCGAGAGAGCUUGAAGCGGUAUUGGCAGACUGAGAUGUGGAGCGAGCUGUUCCACUUGCUACUGAACCCACUUGCGCAUGUCGAAGCGGAGGAGGGUAGAAAGCUGCCUGUUGCGAAGAGCAUGCGGCGUUGUCGAGAGCAGAUGGAGGCUUGGCUUGAAGAGAACUGUGAGAAGGGCGUUGGAUUGAAGGGUAUGAUUGCGAAGAUGGAAGUCUUGAUUAGGGAGAAGAGACGAAGAAGCGUCAAAGCUGCAUGA